AUUCCACCAAAAAAUUUUUUUUCCUUGUUUUUCUAUUCUCUACUAGCUAAAUCCCAUUUAAGAUGUACUCAAUUUAGCACCACCAAGAAAUAGGUGUUCAAAAGGACAAUUCUUUUUUCAUUUAUGAUUUACACCAAAUCAAACAAACCAAAUGCUCCGAGUUGUUCUUUACAAAACCAACCCAAGAAAAGUAUCAAUACCCAUUUCACAUUCUUAUACAUCAUAUUUCGCUUUUUCUUUUCUUUUACAACCUAUUUAGCAAAUCACAAAAACAAAAACGCACUUCCAGAAACAUGAAAUCUGCCUAUAGGGUCACUCUUUUUCUCCUCUUUCUGCUCUUUUCAGCUUAUGUCUUCAAUUACAAUGAAGCUACAAGCAUGGCCCAAGUAAAUGGGUCUUCAGAAAUGGUUCCAUUGGUGGAAGAAAAGAUAGAGAACAUGAUGAUGUUUAAUGAAAGCAGAAUAAGGUUAAGGAGUUUCCAGAUAUGUGCUGUUUGUACAUGCUGUGGUGGAUCUAGAGGGGUUUGCUUGCCAUCUCCUUGUUGCUAUGCAAUCAAUUGCAACAUUCCAAACAGACCUUUUGGUUUCUGUUCUUUCACUCCCAAGACCUGUAAUUGCUUUGGAUGUCAUCUCUAAUUUAAAGUUUUAUUUUAUCUAUAUUUCAUAAUUGUGGUUUGUUUCAAUUUAGGAGUAAAAAAUAUCUUGAUUCUGUUGAGAGUGUGAAAUGGGAGGAAAAGAACAUCUGUUUUCUUCAUUUGUUUGUUUAUAAAUUUCAUAGAGAGAUUGCUAUUUCCAGGUUAGUUUUUUGUCUAUCUCCAGUGGAAUUUGUCUAUAAUUUUUGUUUUUUCAAGUAAGUAGCUUUGCCUGGAAAGAGAUAUGGAUAAUUAAGGAAAUAUUGCCCUUGUUUAUGAAGCUACUGAGUCUUAUGACAAGGUUAUUUUUAUUUUCUUUAGGAUAUAAAUUAAUGUUAGUGCUCAGUGGGGUAGAAGUGUUAGUCAUGACAAAGACUCAAGAUGUCUAUUAUUUUACUAUUGUUUACCCUUUUAUUCAUAUGUUUAAUUUAUUAGUGGGGUGUGAUGCAGAAUGCAACUUGGAAAAAAUG